GUGCAGUCCACAAUUUCUUCUAGUUUCUUAUGAUCAUUCUCUUUCGAUUUGUCGUACCUUCAAAAAAAACAAAGAAUAGAAAAAUUUUCCACUUCUAUUCUGCACAGUUUUUAGAAUCUUCAUUUAAUUUUUUUUUAUUUUGACUAAAAAUAAAUGUUAAAUUAAAUUUAAGAGAAGAAAAAAUAAUUUGUCAAUUUUAUAAAAUAUUAAAAUCAGUUAUGGAGGGAACUGGAAUUCUAAACAAUGUUCCAGUUAAACAGGAUGGAAAGAAACUUUGGCAAUAUCUCGCUGCAUGCUCUGCAUCAAUUUUGUCAUUCGGAGUUGGCACUGCGUUGGCUUGGUCAUCGCCAGUAUUUGAUAUGCUGAAGAAAGAAGACUCAUUUGUAAAACUGACAAUAGGAGAGGAAUCGUGGAUUGGAUCCUUGUGUGCAAUUGGAGCAAUUGUCGGCGCUAUUCCCGCGGGGAAAGUAGCGGAUUUAAUAGGACGAAAAAAGUCGAUUCUUGCAUUGGCAGCGCCAUUUCUUCUGUCAUGGACCAUUAUUUUGUUUGCGAACUCGGCGAUUAUUCUUUGUAUCGCCAGAUUUAUAGUUGGCAUUGGAGUUGGUGCCGCGUGUGUUUUAGUACCGACGUAUAUUUCUGAAAUUGCCGAAGCUUCUGUUCGCGGUACAUUAGGAUCAAUUUUUCAAUUAUUUUUAACUGCCGGUAUUGUAUUUUCCUUCCUCUUUGGAACUCUCUUGUCUUACACUGGAUUUACGUUAGCUUGUGGAUUGGUGGAAAUAGUUUUUCUGGCCUCUUUCUUUUGGAUGCCUGAAUCACCAGUGUGGUUAGUGGGCAGGAGUAGAAAUCCAGAAGCAACUAUUUCUAUGACUAUUUUGAGAGGAGACGUUUAUGAUCAGACUCUUGAGUUAAGUAGUAUACAAAGAGAAGUUGAAGACUCCUCUUCAAGAAGAAGCUCUAUAUUUGAUUUGAUUGGCAGUGUUGCAGCAAGAAAAGCCACUUUGGCAUGUUUAGCUGUGAUGGUAUUUCAACAAUUGUCUGGAAUUAAUGCCGUCAUCUUUUACACAAGUCAGAUUUUUAGCAAUGCAGGAAGUGAUAUGGAUUCCGGUUUAGCUUCAAUAUUAGUUGGAUUAGUGCAGAUGGUAAUGGCUGGAGUAGCAGCUGUAAUUGUUGACAAAGCUGGAAGAAAACCGCUUUUGAUGGUUUCUUGUGCAGGAUGUGGGUUGAGUUUAAUAGCAAUUGGGGCUUAUUUUUUUCUAAAGGAUGGAGGAAAGGAUGUCAGUUCCUUAGGAUGGAUUCCACUCUCUUCAUUAGUCGUUUUCAUGAUUGCUUUCUCAGUAGGGCUGGGGCCAAUUUCGUGGAUGCUAAUGGGCGAAUUAUACACUGUGGAGUUGAAGGGAAUCGCCACAAGUUUGGCUGUUAUGGUUAAUUGGUUCUUGGUAUUUUUGGUGACAAAGACAUUCUCCGAUAUGAGUAAAGCAUUAGGAUCAGCAACAACAUUUUGGAUAUUUGCUGGUGUCAUGGUUUUUGCAACAAUCUUCACUCUAUUCUUCAUUCCCGAAACGAAGGGCAAGAGCACAGAAACUAUUCAAAAUGAAUUGAAUGGUAUUAAAAGCAGAACACGAUCUGCAUGAUAGUUCAAAAUAGUAUAAUUAAUUAAUUAAUUGUAGGUUAGUUAAGAGUGCAUCUCCCAUGUUUCAUUAUAGCUAUUUUUUAUAUCAUAUAUAAUUGACACGCCAGGAUGGAAGGGACAUAAGAAGCAAAGAGAAGAUUUUACCUUGAUUAUAAGAUUUUUAUUAGAUCCAAUAAAGGUUUAAACAUAAUUAAAUUAAAUUAAAUUGAAAGUUAAUCCAGUUGGUCCCUUUCUCCAUGUUGCGUCACAUUUCACAUACAGUGAAACGUUUGUAAAGUUAUUUUAAGAUUUUUCAUCAUUUUUAUUACCUUUAGAGUGCAAAAAAAUUCAUAAGUAGGAAAUCUUGGUAUUCUCUUUUAAUACCUUGUAAUGAACUUUUAAGUGAUUUUAAAACAAAUAUCCUUGCGAUAACAUAAGCUACCGAUAUUUAUCAUUUUAUCAGUUUUAUUUACAAAUUGACUCAAUGUAAUUCGCAGAGAUACAUAAUAUACGAUUAUGUUUGUGAGUGUAAUGUAAUGAUCGAUGUGUUUGUUAAUCUUGUAAUGUCGAUUUGAUUAUGAGUAACAGUAUUUAUUUAAAUUAUUUAUAAAUAAUAAUUUAUUUAUAAAAAAAUCUCGAAAUUUAUCAUAAAAUGUAUCAAAUUAAUUAUGAAGUACUAAUU